AUGGAGAAUAUUUAUAAUGAUAUGGAAGAAUAUGGAAAAAUAUGCCAGUUAUAUGAGGAAAAACAACAGAAAAAAGAAAAAAAAAAAAAAAUUUUAGAAAAUUCAAAAUUAGAUGAUAUAUUAGACGAAGAUAUAUUAUGGAUGUAUGAAACGAAUGAAGAGAAAGAAGUAAAAGAACAGGAGGAAUUUUUACUUGGUAAAAAAAUCAAUAUGGAAAAAUUAUUAGAGGACGAAGAAGAAAAAAAAAAAGAAAACUUCAAUAAUAAAAAUAACGUUGAUCACCUAAACAAACUUAGAGAAGAUCCAUUAACUAUUAUAAGAAAAAUAGAACUGAAAAAAAAAAAGAUGAUUGAUGAUCAGAAGAGAUUAUUAGAACUACGAAAAACUACAGAGAUUAAUCAAAUAAAUAAUGUACACAAAAAAACUGAAGAAUCACAAAACAGUUAUAAAAAAGAGAAAGAGGUACUAAAAAGAAAAAUAAGAAAAGGAAGAGAAAAUCAUAAGAAGAAAAAAAGAAUAGAAAAAAAAGAAAGAAACAGAGAAAGAAAAAAAGAAAAAGAAAAAGAAAGAAAAAGAGAAAGAGAAAGAGAAAGAGAAAGAGAAAGAAAAAAAGAAAGAGAAAGAGAAAGAAAAAAAGAAAGGGAAAGAAAAAAAAAAAGGGAAAGGGAAAAGGAAAAAGAAAAGGAAAAAGAAAAGGAAAAAGAAAAGGAAAAGGAAAAGGAAAAGGAAAAGGAAAAGGAAAAUGAAAAUAAAAGAGAAGAAGGAGAAAGAGAGAGAAAAAGAAAAAUAAUAAGAAUAAGGGAAAAUGAAAAAGAAAGAGAAAGAAAAAGAAAAAUGGAAAAUGAAAGAGAAAGAGAAAGAGAAAGAGAAAGAAAAAGAAAAAGAAAAAGUGAAAGAGAAAGAGAAAGAGAAGGUGAAAGAAAAAAGGAAAAAGAAAGAAAAAGAGAAAAAGAUAGAGGUAGAGGUAAAGAAAAAGAUGAAAAAAAAAGAGAAAAAGUAAAAAAAGAAAAAAGUUAUAAAGAAGUAGAGAGAGAAAAAUGUAGAGAUAUAGAUAGAGAUGUAGAUAGAGAUAAAGAAAAAUAUAAAAAAAAAAGAGAAAAAGAAAGAAUAGAAAAAAGUGAUAAAGAUGGAGAAAAAGAAAGAAAAAGAGAAAAAAAAAAAGAAAAAAAUGAAUUAUAA